GAUAUACGUUAAAAUGCCGUCUUUCUUGUUGAUUAAUCGAUGUGUCAACUGUCAAGCAAUCAAAUUUUAAUAUUAUUGUAAGACAAAUUGUAUUUACUUGAGUAACUCGCAACUAACAUCAGCAGAUAUACAGCAUCAGAAAUCGUAUCAAAACGAUAUCAUAUGAUUAUAAAGAAAACUAUAUCUUGAUUCACUAAGAAGUGACAAUCCCAUACACGACAAAAACAAGAGGUAAAUAGAGAAGCCAUGUUGCUUCAACUUGCAAGAAACUAUAGAGAAGAGUCAAAAGACUAAUUGUAUAGUAUUCAAUUCGAUAUACAAACAAAACAAAAAAGAAAAGAUUUCAACGUAAACAUACAUAUAAAAAACUUGUGAGAAAUUUUCCAGGUGGGCCAUGGAAAUCUUAAGGCAUAGAGAUGGGAUGAUUUUUUGUCCAAACAAAGCAAAUCUAAUGACUUAUUACUUUAGGGUUGGACCCACAAGAAGAUUUCAUGUCUCACUUUCUCUUCUUCUCUAUAAAAACAGACUCACUGCUUAUUCUCUAAAUUCCUUCUUCUCCUCUUGAUCAUUUUGCUUUCAAGUCUCAAAAACUGUUUCUCCUAAAUGAGACGUAACGGUCACAGUCACGGAGCAGUGUCGCCUUGUGCCGCGUGUAAGCUUCUCCGGCGAAAAUGUGUGGAAGACUGCGUCUUUGCUCCAUAUUUCCCGGCUAAAGAGCCUUACAAGUUUGCCAUUGUCCAUAAGAUUUUCGGUGCUAGUAAUGUGCUGUCGGAAAACCACCGGAGCGACGCCGUGAAUUCGAUUGUGUACGAGGCCAACGCUAGGGUGCAGGAUCCUGUGUACGGAUGUGUAGGAAUAAUAUCAUCAUUACAGAGACAACUCGAGACGCUCCAAACUCAGCUCGCUUUUGCUCAGGCCGAACUGGUUCAUAUGAAAACGCUCCACCGUAUUGACACUAAACCGCCACCCUACAUGGCGAGUGGCAUUAGUUUUCCGGCGAACAAAGACUUAUCUAAUGACGUCGACAUGGCUUUUGCGUACGAGAAUGGUGCCGGAGAGUCCCUUUGGUCGUGCUAGCUUUAGCCUCAUCUUAUCCUUUCAAUAGUUUUUAAAAAAAAUGAUAAGAUUAUAUGAUAUAUAGCCUGUAUCAUAUGAACGUGGUAAGUGUAUAACUAAAGUAAAUCAAAGUAGCAACUAAAGAAUUAAGAUUGUAAACUUUAUUUAUGUCUGCCUUCUUUUUGGGGAUUUUAUUUUCCUUAGGUACUAUUGGGAAAGUAAAAAAGAAAAAGAAAAGAUAGAGGCAUAACGAUGUAGUAUGUCUCCUUUAAAUAUUUUUUUUAUCACUGUACUAUGUCUCUUUUAAAUAAAAUAAAUAAUGUCGCAUAUUGAUAAUACAUAUAUAUGAAAUAGUGUUGCAUCG